AUGUAUUUACCUCAAGAACCAACCAAUAUAUUCUUCCAAUUUCCUCCUUCUCCCAUCAGUUCAGAGUCAACUUUUCAAACGAUUAAUAAUCAUAGUGAGAAUUUUCAGGUUCUGGUUGAUGAUGACAUUGUUAAAAAUCUUUUAAACAUGAUCCCACCUCCAAUUACUGUCCAAGAAUUUGUUGAAAGUAAUUCUUUUGCUGCCACAGAUGGUCAUAUAAAAAGACCAUCCAAUAGUUUCAUGAUUUUUCGUAAAAUAGCACAUGGACAAAAAAAUAAGAUACCAGCUUUAACACGUUAUAACCAACGAGAAUUUUCUAGAAUAAUCGCUAGGAUAUGGAACAACCUUAACAAUGAAGAAUUAAAUAUCUAUAAGGAAUUAAGUAAAGAAAUUGUUGCAAUUCAUCGUAUAAAAUUCCCCGAUUAUAAAUAUAAACCAAAACGGAAUAAGACAGUGUGGAAGCAUUUCGUUUACCCAGUUGAAAAAAAGAAUAAAAGAAAAGUUGGCGUAAAAAAAUCAAAAAAUAAUAUUACAACUAAUUAUCCGCAUACCCCUCCUGAACUUGAAAGCACAAAUAUAAGCGAUCAAUAUUUUUGGCUUAAUUCGAUAGAAUAA